GCCAGGCCCUGGAAACUCCUGCACGCUGACGUCUGCUCCAGUUUUGCAAACAAGGAAGCGACACCUGGAUUACCCCGCAUUCACCUAACGCACAACUUCAUUUUUUACAGUUUUCACCCGGGUUUCUUGUCGUAAACUGGGGGGUCAACAUGUGCUCGAUGGACCUGGAGAAGCUGAAGAUGACGGGAGCUGGUCGAGCCAUGGCCGUGCUGACCAGCGGUGGAGAUGCACAAGGGAUGAAUGCUGCUGUCCGAGCUGUGACCAGAAUGGGCAUCUAUGUGGGGGCCCAGGUCUAUCUUAUACAUGAGGGAUACCAGGGCCUGGUGGAUGGGGGAGACAACAUCAAACUGGCACACUGGCAAAGUGUGACCAACAUCAUCCAACAGGGUGGGACUGUGAUAGGUAGCGCUCGAUGCAAGGCCUUCACAACUCGUGAGGGCAGGCUUGCUGCCGCCUUUAACCUGGUGAAGAAAGGCAUCACCAACCUGUGUGUGUGUGGCGGAGAUGGCAGCCUCACCGGAGCCAACAUCUUUCGUAGUGAGUGGAGCGGUCUGCUGGAUGAACUUGUAAAGAAAGGAAGGAUCACAGACACUCUGGCCAAGCAGCAUGACCACCUGAACAUCGUGGGACUUGUGGGCUCCAUCGACAAUGACUUCUGCGGCACUGACAUGACCAUCGGCGCUGACUCAGCGCUGCACCGCAUCAUGGAGAUCAUUGAUGCUAUCAUGACCACAGCGCAGAGCCACCAGCGCACUUUUGUUCUGGAAGUCAUGGGGCGGCACUGUGGAUAUCUGGCCUUGGUGUCAGCCCUGGCGUCCGGAGCGGACUGGGUCUUCAUUCCGGAGGCUCCUCCUCAAGAGGGCUGGGAGGAUCGCAUGUGCAGCCGUCUAGAAGGAAGCCGCAUUAAGGGGUCCAGACUCAACAUUAUAAUCAUCGCAGAGGGAGCCAUCGACAGAAAUGGCAAGCCCAUCUCCUCAACCUAUGUAAAAGAUCUGGUGGUCAAGAGACUGGGUUAUGACACCAGAGUGACAGUCCUCGGCCAUGUUCAGCGAGGAGGAACUCCCUCAGCAUUUGACAGAAUACUGAGCAGUAAGUUGGGUGUGGAGGCGGUGGUUGCCCUGAUGGAGGCCUCUCCUGACACUCCAGCGUGUGCCAUCGGCCUGUCAGGUAACCAUGCUGUUCGUCUGCCUCUAAUGGAGUGUGUGGAGAUGACUAAAUUGGUUCAGACCGCCAUGAACGAGAAGAGGUUUGAUGAGGCUGUCAAACUGCGUGGAGGGAGUUUUGAGAACAACUGGAACAUCUACAAGCUUCUUGCCUUCCAGAAGCCCGUCCAGUCUGAGAGCAAGUUCUCCUUGGCUGUUCUGAACGUUGGAGCUCCGGCUGCAGGGAUGAAUGCAGCGGUGAGGUCCGCGGUGAGGUUAGCGCUAGCUCAAGGACACAAGGUCUACGCCGUCAAUGAUGGCUUUCAAGGACUCGCCAAUGGAAAGGUUGUUGAGAUGGAGUGGCACAGUGUGGCGGGAUGGACGGGCCAGGGCGGCUCACUGCUGGGGACGAAACGAACUCUUCCAGAGAAACACAUGGAGAAGAUUGUGGAAACCAUCACCAAGCUCAACAUCUCAGCUCUGCUUGUGAUUGGAGGGUUUGAGGCAUACGCAGGUGUGCUGCAGCUGUUUGAAGCCCGGAGUCGCUAUGAUGAGCUCUGCAUCCCCAUGUGUGUGAUCCCUGCCACCAUCAGCAACAACGUCCCUGGAACUGACUUCAGCCUGGGAGCAGAUACGGCUGUCAACGCUGCCAUGGAGGGUUGCGACAAGAUCAAGCAGUCUGCCACUGGGACCAAGAGACGAGUGUUUGUGGUGGAGACCAUGGGAGGGUUCUGUGGAUAUCUGGCCACCUCCACUGGUAUAGCUGUGGGUGCUGAUGCAGCUUACAUCUUCGAAGAGCCCUUCAACAUUCAUGACCUGAAGACUAAUGUGGAUCAUUUGACCGAAAAGAUGAAGAAGGACAUCCAGCGGGGUCUCGUACUGAGGAAUGAAAAAUGCCAUGAGAACUACACUACAGAUUUCAUCCAUAAGCUGUACUCAUCAGAGGGGAAGGGCAUCUUUGACUGCAGAGUCAAUGUGUUGGGUCACCUUCAGCAGGGAGGGACACCUUCCCCCUUUGAUAGAAAUUUUGGCACUAAGUUGGGUGUGAGGGCUGUCCAGUGGAUUUCACAGAGACUGACUGAAAACUUCCGUCAAGGCCGUGUGUUUGCCAACUCACCAGAUACAGCAUGUGUGCUUGGCCUCAACAGGAAGGUCAUCUCAUUCAGCCCCGUCACUGAACUGAAGGCUGUGACUGAUUUUGAGCACCGGAUGCCCCUGGUCCAGUGGUGGUUUAAUCUUCGGCCGAUGCUAAAAAUGUUGGCCAAGUACCAAACCAGCUUCUGUGAAUACGUCCCUGGAGAGAUUGAACAUGUGACUCGACGCUCCAUUAGCAUUGACUCUGGGUUCUAGACUCUCUAAAACUACAGUAUACUCGCUGCACUUUUUGACCCUUAGAUGUCCAUCCUUUGUUUCUAGGCAGAUUAUAUAUUUUUUACCCUCUACUAUUCAUGUUAACAGGACUGCAGACUAUAAAAGCCAGUCAGUUGUCAGUAGCAUAGUAGCUAUGAAUAUGUACUUCAAGUAUUCAUUUAUUGAACAAGGAGCAGAUUUUGCUAUUACUUAUGCUAUUCCAGCCAAAUCACUGCCAUAAAAACACAAUCAGCUGUGCCCCAAGCUAAAGUGAUUUACUAAGGAAUAUAUUAUAUAAAGCAGAUGUAUUAGUAGUGGUGUGGACCUUAAGUAAAAGAUGUAUGUAAAAUCCAUGUUAUCCAGCUAAAAAAAGAGAGCUUCUAAAGUUUUGGAGCCACUCUAUAAUUUGCACAAAAAAUUCAACUCACUUGAUGUCCGAAUGUGACUGUGACUCAUGGGACCAGCGAGAAUUUCCUUUUAUUUAUACACUGUGUAGGAAACACUGCUUCUGUCAUUAAUUAAUGGAAACAAACAGCAAUUUAAAAAAAAACCUACUACUGAGUUAUUAAACAGUGUAAGAAACUUAACUACUGUACUUACAAGAGAGAAAAAGAGAUAUGAAUGAACGUUGUGUAUUAUUUUGAUAAUAAUGCUAUAUCUUCAAAUAAAUGUCAUUCAA